AUGCAAGCGGAAUUACGACGGACACAGUCGAAAAACGUUCGAUUACCUUAUACUGUGCUUCCACGUUUCUACAAUUUGCGAUUACAAGUACAUCUGAACACUGGGGAUCCGUCCGAUUUCUUUUUCAAUGGAUCGGCCAAAAUAAGGAUUCAGUGCAUGAAUGCCACACGUGAACUGUUUAUACAUGCAUACAGUACACUGAAUGUUAGUGUGAAACAGAUUGCGCUCACUCAACUAUUCUCGAACGAGUCGGAGUCAAAUCCGUUGGGGAUUCGAAACAUUUCCUACAACGAGGAUUUGCAAUGGUAUCAAAUUGUGUUGGACGAAGAACUGCAAACAGAUGCUUACUACAUACUCCGGUUUGAUGCAUUCCGUUCAGCACUCACGAAAGAGCUCAAAGGAUGGUAUUUGAGUUCAUACUUUGAGAACGGGGUAAAAAAAUAUGCGGAUGUGACACUUCUGAGACAAAAACCGUAUCACUCGUUAUCGAAUAUGGGUUUACGGGAGAGUAUUCCACUGGAAAACGACUGGGUAGCCGAUGUGUUCGAGCCGACUGUGAACACAUCCACCUAUCUGUUGGCGUUUGUCGUAUCCCAAUUUGCUCACAUGACUGGAAAAGAUUCCAAAGGGCGAAAUGUGAGUUUCAUCAGGGCAAUCGCUUCGCGACCGGCGCUUGACAUGAUUGCUGUUCCUGAUUUUGCUGCGGGAGCUAUGGAAAACUGGGGUCUUAUGAUAUAUCGUGAGGCAACUAUGCUGUGGGAUCCCAAGACCGGAACAGCAUCCAGUCAGCAAAAGGUUGCCAGUGUAAUAUCUCAUGAAAUCGCGCACCAGUGCAUAACCCCUGCUGACAUAAGUAUGGUUGCCACUGUAACGAUUGAUAUGGUCACAGCUCCUGAGCAGAAAUAG